CCAAUCCUCCAGAGCACUGCGCCGGUCACAAAUUACACAAGGAACCGAGACAGAACUUCCAUACUUCACCUAAAACACGCAAGAAAGUGGCUGAAGACUUAAUUGGAGAGAAUUCAUUGUGUUUUGGUUUUGCCGAUCAACAAUACGAGUGACAGAAGGGACUUUUGGAGAGCGGCUUCAAGUGAAACGCGCUGCCGGGAGCAAAGCACCGCAAGGAGAACGCACGAACCUGCUCCAGACUCUGUGGCCAAGCCGACACAGUUAUGUGUUAAUUAAAUAAAAUACUGAUGAAAUGUGUCAAAGCGAGGAUGGACUAUUUCAUGCUCAACAUCAACAUCGGGUACCUUAUCUUGGAAGACGUAGCCUUCAACAAAGUUCUAGAGACAGCGCUUUUUACUGAGUUUCAACCCGAACUUUCAAAAUUCAGUUUGCCAGCAGGAUUGGAUCAUUCAUCGACAUAAGGACCAUCUUUUUGACAUUCUCAAAAACUUUAUUUGAUCCAUCCGCACUUUUGCCCUUUGCAAGACCAACGUAAAGAAGCUCAUUAGAAAGAAUAUGUUAGUUACUAGAGAGUACUAAGACGACAACACCUCCAAGACCAUAGAACACUCCAGAACUCCACAACUUGAACAAGACGAUUGAGCCAUAAGAUAAUAUAAGUUCACGGAAGAUAGAGACCGCUGAAGAAAACUUGUCCUUGUUUAAACCUACCACAAGUUCACAACCCCGUGUGGGAAAUAUUAAAAUAAUGGCGGAGAUAUGGGACACAAGAAAGAAAAGCAAUGCAUCAAUGAAUCUCCAGCCCUAGUGAAGCAGAGCUCCGCAGAAAAGGAGAAAAGCUGACCUUCCUCGCCGGAGAACCCCCCCUUACUGCUGGGCGGAACAAGCGGGGUUUGGCGUCUAGCUGGAGGAGGUGGAUUGCGAGAGAAAAGAGACAGAUAGUCUGAGAGUGAGGCAGCUAAUUGCUUAGUCCGUCCCUCAUUACCAUAUCCAGUGUGUGUCCGCUGGACUCCAGCCAAUCCCCCUCACACGCUACCAUUAAUCGCAAUGCAUUAUUCACUAUCAUAAUUAUACCGACAUGCGCAAUCCACACAACAGCAACACCAGCUAAUUUCCGUAAUUUUUUGCGACGAGACUAUUUGCGAACAUUUUUUUUCAUUCGCUCGUUGCUGAUGUAUCUGCAAAAAGCAGAAUCAACUCUAAGCGUAUCAGCAGCAUGUCCCGUCGCAAGCAAGCUAAGCCUCAGCAUCUCAAGUCGGACGAGGAUCCCGCACUAACCGGGGUGGUCUCUGAAAAUGCCCCAGGUCUGAUCCUGGAUGAUGCGGACAGCGGCAACGAGAGCCGCAGCGGGAGCGAGGAGACGCACGUCUGCGAGAAGUGCUGCGCGGAGUUCUUCAAGUGGUCCGACUUCUGCGAACACUUAACAAGCUGCACCAAGAACCCCCUGGUGCUGAUCGUCAACGACAACGAGCGCCCGCCCACCCCCGACCCCUCCCAGGAGUACCUCGCAGAGCCCUCCCCCACGCCCAGCUGCCCCAGCGACCAGGCGGAGAGCGAGGACCCCGGGGAGGGCAGCCACAGUCCGGAGGAUGGAGGGGAUGAGGGGGCGGAGCUAGCCCUGGAGGUGGGCGGUUCCCUGGAGAAAGAGGAGGAGGAGCCCAUGGAUCUGGAGUUGUCCCCAGAGAAGCCCCCGGACCCUGAAGACAGAGAGGGCUCCCCGGAACCGGAUGGAACUUUACCUCAGCUCAGCGAGGCUGCUCCCUCCCCUGCCGCCAGCUACAGCAUGCCCAGCACCAACGUCACCCUCGAGACCCUACACGGCACCAGGGUGGCGGUGGCCCAGUUUUCUCAGAGUGUGCGGGCGGCGGCCGCCAGCGGAGGCGUGUCCACCAUGGCGAUUCCCAUGAUUCUGGACCAGUUGAUGGCUCUGCAGCAGCAGCAGAUCCACCAACUGCAGCUGAUCGAACAGAUACGCAGCCAGGUGGCACUGAUGAACCGCCAGCCCAGCGCCCAGCCCCCCCUCAGCCACCACCCCCACCACGGGAGCUCCAGCGCUGCUGCCCAGGGUGCCCCCUCUGGCCCCAGCCAGCUCCAGCUCCACAGCUUCAUGGCCCCCCCUGCCCACCAGCUUCCCCUCAGGCUCCACUCCGGUCUGAACGGCCAAGGCUCCUCCCCCCUCGCCUCAGCUCUGGACGGGCCUCUCGCUCAGUCUGCGUCGAACGGCAGUCAGCAGUCUAGCUCCACCAUGGCCAGCAGCACCUCGGCGAGCUCCGCCUACCCCCCUUCAAGUGGGAGCGGCGUGGCUUCUCUUCUGCCCCCCUGCUCGUCCUCCCUCUCCGGAAGCUCCAGCGGGGCUAGUGGAUCAGGGCCCGGUGGCAGCAGCAGCUCAGCCCUGUCCAGGACCUCUGGCAGCCCCCCGGCGCUGGGCCACAGCAGCCUGCUCAGCUCGGCCUCCAACCUCCCUCUCAUCCCCCACAGCUCCUCCAGCAGUGUCAUCUUCCCCAACCCUCUGGCCAGCAUAGCGGCCACCGCCAACGCUCUGGACCCCCUCUCCGCCCUGAUGAAGCACCGCAAGGGGAAACCCCCCAAUGUGUCGGUGUUUGACACCAAGCCCAGCUCAGAGGACCCAUUCUUCAAACACAAAUGCAGGUUCUGUGCCAAGGUGUUUGGCAGUGACAGCGCCCUGCAGAUCCACCUGCGCUCCCACACGGGAGAAAGGCCCUUCAAGUGUAACAUCUGCGGCAACCGCUUCUCCACCAAGGGGAACCUGAAGGUCCACUUCCAGAGACACAAGGAGAAAUACCCCCAAAUCCAGAUGAACCCGUACCCCGUGCCGGAGUAUCUGGACAAUGUGCCCACCAGUUCAGGUAUCCCUUACGGCAUGUCCCUGCCCCCUGAGAAGCCUGUGACCACCUGGCUGGACAGCAAGCCUGUCCUGCCCACAGUGUCCACCUCAGUCGGUCUGCAGCUUCCACCGACUCUCCCCAGUAUGAUGGGAGGGUUCGGCGACUCCCCCAGCCUCACCCCACUCAGCAGGUCACCCCAGAGGCCCUCCCCACCAUCCAGCGAGUGUGCGUCUCUCUCCCCGAACAUAUUCACAGACGCUGGCAUGACCACAGCUUCUCCCUCCCCUAAGGCCAACACAGUGGCCGACGCGCAGCCUCUGCUGAAAUCCGAGGGCGUCCACCUGCCCCCUACUGUCGCCUCCAGAUCAGGGGAGAACACCACCACCACCUCCGUCACGCAGGUGGUCCUGUCCACCACCAUCAACUCCUCCCCCUGCACCGGCGCUGGUCUGGCCUGUGAGCCCAUCAGUGCCCCCAGCUCCGUCUCCCACAACAUCCACCCCAUGCUCACCUCGUCCUCCUCCGCCUCCCACCCGGUGCUCCCCAUGCUCUCGGACCAGUUCAAAGCCAAGUUCCCCUUCGGCGGCCUCCUGGACUCUAUGCAAACCUCCGAGACCUCCAAGCUGCAGCAGCUGGUGGAGAACAUCGACAAGAAGAUGACCGACCCCAACCAGUGCGUCAUCUGCCACCGCGUGCUGAGCUGUCAGAGCGCUCUGAAGAUGCACUACCGCAUCCACACGGGCGAGAGGCCCUUCAAGUGCAAGAUCUGCGGACGGGCUUUCACCACCAAGGGCAACUUGAAGACUCACUUCGGGGUCCACCGGUCCAAGCCCCCCCUGCGGGUGCAACAUUCCUGCCCCAUCUGCCAGAAGAAGUUCACCAACGCAGUGGUGCUGCAGCAGCACAUCCGCAUGCACAUGGGGGGGCAGAUCCCCAACACUCCCCUCCCGGAGAGCCUGCAGGACAUGGACGCAGACCUCUCGUUCGACGAGAAGAGCCUGGACGCCAUGAGCAGCUAUGACGACGACCUCCUGGACGAGAUGGAGCAGGCCAUGGAGGAGGAAGCGGAGCUGAAGGAGGGGGAGAUGGACCCGUCGAAACCCCUCCUCCCCUACUCUCCCGGAGCUUCCCCGCCCACCUCUGUCAUCUCCAGCAUAGCCGCUCUAGAGAACCAGAUGAAGAUGAUCGACUCGACGGUCAACAUGACUCGCUCCUUUGGCCUGAAGCCCUACCAGAAUGGUGGUGGGUUCGGAGUGGAGGGGGACUUCUUUGCCAGUGACUCCGUGUCUGCGAUGGGGGAUGGGGGCAGCCCAGCCCUGUCUGAUGGGGGCAGCCCGGCCCUGUCUGAGUCGUCCGGCUCUAUGCAAAAUAUGUCCCCAGACCACAGCCACCCAGAGAGCCACUCCAACAGUCUCCCAGUCACCAUUCUCAACCAUAACAGCGCUUCAGAGGGAGGACAGGAUAACAACCACGGGAUGGCCACAGUGAAGUCGGAAAAAUCGGACACUCCCUCGCCGAUCCCUGUGUCUGAGGGGAACGGGGCACUGGACCUGACUGCCACCCAGCCUUCCAGGCACUUCAUUAAGGAGGAGAACCACUUCAACAUGCUCUUCCUGAGUAGAGACAGAGGACUCAGCACUCCUAGCCUGGCCACCACAGCCUCCAACAUGAUCAAGAUGGAGAUGAACGGCCACGGCAAGUCCAUGUCACUAAGCAACAGCCCCCACCUACCUGUGGGCGUCCAGGUGCCCGCCACGGCGCCGCACACCACCAUGAACCCCAGCAUCACCCCCAUGCUGGCGCCCCCGCCCCCCAGACGCACUCCCAAGCAGCACAACUGCCACUCGUGUGGCAAGAACUUCUCCUCCGCGAGCGCCCUGCAGAUCCACGAGCGCACCCACACGGGGGAGAAACCUUUCGGAUGCUCCAUCUGUGGACGGGCCUUUACCACCAAGGGAAACCUGAAGGUUCACAUGGGCACCCACAUGUGGAACAACGCGCCAGCGCGGCGAGGCCGCCGUCUCUCCGUGGAGAACCCCAUGGCUCUGCUGGGGGGAGAUGCCAUGAAGUUCAGCGAGAUGUUCCAGAAGGAUCUGGCCGCGCGGGCCAUGAACGUGGACCCGGGCUUCUGGAACCAGUAUGCAGCAGCCAUCACCAAUGGACUAGCCAUGAAGAACAAUGAGAUCUCCGUCAUCCAGAACGGGGGCAUACCCCAGCUGCCCGUGAGCCUCAGGGGCCCUGGGAUGACCUCGCUGGGCCACCUGUCUGGAGGUCUGGAGCGGGUACAUGCUGGUAGUAGCCCUCCCAUGAGUGGCCUAGAGAAGACUGGGCUGGAGGUUGGGGCUGGGCGGCCGUUCUCCAGGUUUAUGGACGAGAAUAAAGAAAUCGGUAUCAACUAAAGACUAACGGUAGUAUCCUCUCAGAGAGACCCAUCUCAUGAUGUGGAAAGGACAUAAACUGCUAAUCCAGUUUGAACACUUAUGUACUAUAUUAUGUACAGGUUACGUUUUUUUUGUUUGGAUUUUGGAAAUAUAGUAUUUAGUAUUGGUUAGAGGCAUUCCAUCCUCCUUGAUAUUUCGCUCAUACGAAGAAUACUUUGUCUCUAGUUUGAGAAUAUGUCGUCUUGCAAGAUUUGCAUGGUACUUCUUGGUUUCUAUCAGUAUGUUCGACUGCUUUCAUGGAUUUUCUUUUAAAAAUAAUACCUUGACUCAGUGGCGACAAGCGAAUUGCCUCAUUGUAAAGGACUGAAAUAAGAAAGAGACAGUUGCUGCCGAGACUGACUAGCCUUUGUUUGGCUACAUUGUUUAUGUUUGUUCCCACACAAAGGGCCAGGUAUAGACUGAAAUAAGACCCACGAAUGGUGUUUCUGUGCUCGCCUAAUUAUUAUUUUUCUCAUGAAGUAGAAAACUUGAAAAAAAUGUUUGAACUAUUUUAAUCUUUAAAUUUACUCUCCCGGCAUUGUGUUAUAAUAUUGUCCUGUGUCUUUAGUAUUUAUGAUAUUGAAAAAAGCGGGUAUAAGAAAAUAUAUUUAAUUGCCCAAGCAUUUUAUUGAUCCUUGUUUUCUAAAGAUUGCAGACUUCACUUCUAAGUAUCUCUUUCAAUAAAGACAACAAGUCAUGACAGUUGAAAAACAGAGACACCUUGUGAGGUUUUAUUUGGAUAUCCAGCAAGACUAUGUGUAACAUGUCAGGUGAAGAUAAAGUGAAGGAGCCGCUGGGUAUCUGAAGCUGCUAUGACCACAACCCUGCUUUUAACCUUUGUAAAAAGACGGAAAAAAAGAUAUCCUUUGGAAGUAAAAAAAAAAAAAAAAAUGUAUGUAUAGAAAUACGGACAAAUCUAAACAGGUAUGCAUAUUUUGUAUCACAUGAAAAUAGACAUCAUGAGUUGA